AUGAAAUUCGCAGGUGUUCGGCAGUAUUUUCAUGUUACCUACGGCUGGCUCGUUAACACUGACGGCCAGCAGGCAGUUACUGGGGUUGACGGCGGCGUAGAUUGUUCGACGCAGUGUUCCCGUUCUCCACAUCGUAAACACACUUCUCUCUCUCGCGCGACUGAUUUCGACUUUUUUCAAUCGGUCGUUUUUAUUGCAGUCCUUGCUGGAGCUCUUCUCGAAGAAGCCGAGCGUCUAAUUGACCGUGGAAUUCAUCCGAUCAAAAUCGCCGAUGGAUUCGAUCUCGCAUGCAAAAAGGCACUUGAAACACUUGACAAAAUCGCUGACAAGUUCCCGGUCGCCGAUCGUGAACGUCUUGUUGAAACGGCGCAGACGUCGUUGGGAAGUAAAGUGGUGAACAGAUGCAUUCGGAAGUUCGCCGAGAUCGCCGUGGACGCAGUGCUAUCAGUGGCCGAUCUAGAAACUCGUGAUGUGAACUUUGAGCUUAUCAAAGUGGAGGGAAAGGUUGGUGGCCACCUCGAAGACACGGUACUUGUAAAAGGCAUCGUUAUCGACAAAACAAUGUCGCAUCCCCAAAUGCCGAAAGAAUUGAGGGACGUGAAGGUCGCUAUUCUCACCUGCCCAUUUGAGCCACCCAAGCCGAAAACCAAGCAUAAGCUCGAUAUUACUUCAUCUGAAGAUUUCAAAGCGCUGCGUGAGUAUGAAAAGGAAACCUUCGAGAAGAUGAUCAAGCAGGUCAAAGAUAGUGGUGCAACGUUGGCAAUUUGCCAGUGGGGCUUCGACGACGAGGCGAACCAUCUCCUGCAUCACCAUCAACUUCCGGCUGUUCGUUGGGUGGGAGGACCGGAAAUUGAGCUUUUGGCUAUUGCUACGAAUGCCAGAAUUGUACCGAGGUUCUCGGAACUUGCUCCCGCAAAACUGGGCUCUGCUGGUCUUGUACGUGAGGUUACAUUCGGAACUGCACGCGACCGCAUGCUGUCCAUUGAGCAGUGCCCGAAUAGUAGGGCAGUCACCAUAUUUGUUCCGUGGAGGCAACAAAAUGGUCAGCUUACAAUAAUUAUUGACGAAGCCAAGCGUUCGAUUCAUGAUGCGCUCUGCGUAAUCCGCAAUUUGGUCCGAGAUGAUCGCAUCGUGUACGGCGGCGGCUCUGCGGAGACAGCAUGCGCUAUUGAGGUGGCAAAGGAGGCGGAUAAGGUAUGUGACUUGUCGUAA